AUGCAGAAGAGACUGUUGAUCAAAUAUCUAUCUAUCUAUCUAUCUAUCUAUCUAUCUAUCUAUCUAUCUAUCUCUAUAUAUAUAUUCUGUUCAUAUCUAUCUAUCUAUCUAUCUAUCUAUCUAUCUAUCUAUCUAUCUAUCACAGUCUGUUUCUUAUCUAUCUGUCUACCUACCUAUCUUACUGUUCAUAUCUAUCUAUCUAUCUAUCUAUCUAUCUAUCUAUCUAUCUAUCUGUCUGUCUAUCUAUCUAUCUUCUAUCUAUGUCUAUUUUCAUAUCUAUCUAUCUAUCUAUCUAUCUAUCUAUCUAUCUAUCUAAACAUGUUCCUUUCUAUCUAUCUAUCUAUCUAUCUAUCUAUCUAUCUAUCUAUCUAUCUAUCUCUAUCUAUACAGUUUCUAUCUAUCUAUCUAUCUAUCUAUUAUCUAUCUAUCUAUAUCUAUCAGUCUUUUUAUUAUCUAUCUGUCUGUUCUGUUCAUAUCUAUCUAUCUAUCUAUCUAUCUAUAUCUAUCUAUCUAUCUCAUUCUGUCUCAUAUCUAUCUAUCUAUCUAUCUAUCUCUGUGUGUUCAUUAUCUAUCUCUCUCUCUCUAUCUAAAACAUCUAUCUAUUACAUCUAUCUAUCUAUCUAUCUAAACCUCUUCCUAUCAGAUCUAUCUAUCUAUCUAUCUAUCUAUCUAUCUAAACCUAUCUACCUAUCUCAGUCUGUUGAUUAUCUAUCUAUCUAUCUAUCUAUCUAUCUAUCUAUCUAUCAUAACCUGUUAAUAUCUAUCUGUAUCUGCCAGUCUAUCUCACCCAUUCUCCGUACUGGCAGAUUUUGA